GGAAAAAAACGAUAAGGUUAUAUGUACAUUCAUAUUUACAUCAUCCUAUGAAUCUUAAUCUUAAUAAUUGCAUAGUAACAUACAGAAAAGCUGUUGCAAAAAAAAUAUGGAAUAUAGUAUAUAAAGCACCGAAUUAAAAUGCAUUGAGUAAAUGCAUAAUGCAUUGAAUUGAAGUAAAGUUUGUUAAAAAUAGAGGAUAUAACAAUUAAAUUAAAUAAAUCUAUACUGAGAAUAAAAGUAAAUUCUUGACUAUAAUAUAGAAAAAGAUUUUAUAUUUAAACAUAAACAUAUAUUUUGAUUAUGGGUAUAAUAAGAUUUUAUAAAGUACCUGGUUUAAAAUCAGGUCAGUUUAAUAAUAAAUUCAAUGAUUUGAAGCAUAUAUCAAAUUUAAUAAUUGGCUUGGAAACCGAGUCAUGUUAUUAUGUUGAAAUAAAAGAAUCAUUAAAUGAAGAAGAAUUAAAAGUGUUAAAAUGGAUUUUAAGUUCUCCAAUAGAACCAAAUAAUUUAAAAAGUCAUAGUGUAUUUGAUAAGGAACUGGAUAAUUAUCUAAUUGUUGAGAUUGGUCCAAGGUUGAAUUUUUCUACAGCAUUUUCCAGUAAUGCUGUAUCAAUUUGUAAAUCUGUACAUUUACAUAAAGUAACAAGAAUUGAAGUAAUGACUAGAUACUACAUCAAGUAUAAUGGAGUGAUCGAUAAGACAGUGGAAGAUGCUAUGACAGAUGCAUUGCACGAUAAAAUGACUGAAUGCAGGUAUAUGAAACCAAUAGAAACAUUUGAUCAUGGUUUUAAACCAGAAAAAUGGUUUGAAGUUGAUAUUUUGAAAAAUGGAAGGGCAGCAUUAGAAAAUGUGAAUACAAAAUUAGGAUUAGCAUUUGACAAUUGGGACUUAGAUUUUUAUACAGAUCUAUUUCUUAACAAAUUGAAACGCAAUCCAACUAGUGUUGAGUGUUUUGAUUUGGCACAGUCUAACAGUGAACAUAGCCGUCACUGGUUUUUCAAAGGUUCCAUUAUCAUUGAUGACAAAGAAAUGAAAAAAUCAUUAAUUGACAUGAUUAUAGAGACACAAAAAUAUUCUAAUGCAAAUAACACAAUUAAAUUUAGUGAUAAUAGCAGUGCCAUUAAGGGUUACCAAGUAAAAGUUCAGAGACCAAAUGAAACUUACACGGGUAGUCCUCUUCAUUUGGAAAAUGUAGAACAGGAUCUUAUAUUCACUGCAGAAACUCAUAAUUUUCCAACCGGUGUUGCUCCAUUCAGUGGAGCUACAACUGGAACUGGAGGAAGAUUAAGAGAUAUUCAAGGCAUAGGUAGAGGAGGAUAUUAUAUUGCUGGAACAGCUGGGUAUUCUGUUGGUAAUUUGCAUAUACCAGGAUAUAAUCUACCAUGGGAAGAGAAAGAUGUACCAUAUCCUAACAACAUGGCAUCGCCAUUAGAAAUCAUUAUUGAAGCUAGUAAUGGAGCAUCUGAUUAUGGCAAUAAAUUUGGAGAACCACUUAUAUGUGGCUUUGUUCGUUCUUUUGGGAUGACAGACCGUAUGGGGGUUCGACGUGAAUGGAUUAAACCCAUAAUGUUUAGUGGAGGAUUGGGUACAAUGGAUAGUAACAUGUCAGAAAAAAUGUCACCUGAAAAAGGUAUGGAAGUCGUCAAAAUUGGUGGCCCUGUAUAUAGAAUUGGUGUCGGUGGUGGUUCAGCAAGUUCAAUUGAGGUGCAAGGUGACAAUAAAUCAAAUUUAGAUUUUGGAGCAGUGCAAAGAGGUGAUCCUGAAAUGGAACAAAAGCUAAACCGAGUAGUUCGUGCGUGCACUGAAAUGGGAGAGAAAAAUCCAAUACUUAGUAUACAUGAUCAAGGAGCUGGAGGAAAUGGUAAUGUCUUGAAAGAAUUAGUGGAACCUGCAGGUGCAGUAAUCUUUGCAAAGAAAUUUGAAUUAGGUGAUCCAAGUAUCAGCACCUUAGAACUAUGGGGAGCUGAAUAUCAAGAAAAUGAUGCAAUUCUCUGUAAAUCUGAAGAUGUUAAUUUGUUGAAAGCAAUAGCGACGCGAGAAAAAUGUCCUAUUAACUUCGUGGGAACGGUUACAGGAAAUGGAAAGAUUAUUCUUUCCGAAGAAACUGAUUGCAAUUCUUCAAAGUACUUAAAUGAAAGUUAUGAAGAUAAAAUAAAACAUCCAGUUGAUUUAGAUUUAGAACUGGUACUUGGAAAAAUGCCUUCUAAGACAUUUAAUUUGCAAAGACAGGUGAUACAAUUGCCUGACAUUGAAUUACCAACAAAUUUAACUGUAGCAGUCGCCUUGGAAAGAGUUUUACGUUUACCUUCAGUAGGAAGUAAACGGUAUUUGACAAACAAGGUUGAUCGUUGUGUCACAGGAUUAGUAGCACAGCAACAGUGUGUUGGUCCUUUACACACCCCUCUUGCUGAUGUUGCUGUAACUGCAAUUUCUCAUUUCUCCACGGUUGGUAUAGCAAGUUCUAUUGGAGAACAGCCAAUAAAGGGUCUGGUGAACCCAGCGGCAGGAGCUCGUAUGACUGUAGCAGAAGCAUUGACUAAUUUAGUUUUUGCACGAAUUUCACACAUACAGGACAUUAAGUGCAGCGGAAAUUGGAUGUGGGCUGCUAAAUUACCAGGAGAAGGAGCUGCAUUAUACGACGCUUGCUCUGCUAUGUGUUCUUUUAUGAAUAAAUUAGGGAUCGCAAUUGAUGGUGGGAAGGAUUCUCUCAGCAUGGCUGCAAGAAUUGGUAAAGACGUUGUUAAAGCACCAGGAACACUUGUAAUUUCUUGCUAUGCCCCUUGUCCUGACGUUCAACAGGUAGUUACACCUGAUUUGAAAGCACCCGCAGCAGGAAAAAAUGGUUACAUAUUGUUCGUUGAUUUAUCAGAAGGCCAGAGCCGGCUUGGCGGUACUGCUUUAGCUCAGGUUUAUAAAUCUCUUGGUAAUGAUGUCCCCGAUAUUCAACACGCUAGUAUCUUAAAAAGUGCUUUCAAAGCUACUCAACGUGUGAUUACGGAAGGAAAAGUAUUAGCAGGUCAUGACGUUAGCGAUGGCGGACUUAUUGUAUGUCUUUUGGAAAUGUGUUUUGCUGGUAUUUCUGGGAUAAACGUUAACAUCUCUCAUAAAUCGGGUUCACCAAUUGAAAUUUUAUUUAAUGAAGAAGUUGGAUGGGUAUUAGAAGUUGAGGAAGAAAAUCAUAAGUAUGUUCUGGACGUGUUCAAACAGUUUAACAUUCCUAUAUUUACAAUUGGACGAUCCAAAGGCUUCGGAUUAUCAUCAAAGAUAAAUAUCAAAAUGGAAGGGAAGACAGUCUUGGAUUCAACAGUUUUGUCCUUGAUGACUUUAUGGGAAGAAACUGGUUAUCAGUUGGAGCGUAGGCAAAAGAAUGUUGAAUGUGCAUUUGAAGAGUUUGAUGGAUUGAAAUCCAGAACGGCGCCAGCUUAUAAGUUAGCGUUUAAUCCUGAUGUCAGACCUUUUACGAUUCAACAAACUUUAUCUCCAAAACUUGCGGUUGCCGUGAUAAGAGAAGAGGGUACAAAUGGUGACAGAGAAAUGGCUGCUCCUUUAAUGUUAGCUGGUUUCGAAGUUUGGGACGUAGCGAUGCAAGAUUUGUUACAAGAUAAAGUUACACUUGACAGAUUUAAAGGCAUUGUAUUUCCUGGUGGUUUCAGUUAUGCAGAUGUUCUGGGCUCUGCUAAAGGCUGGGCUGCAAGUCUUUUAUUCCACCCAACUCUUCAAAAACAAUUGAAAGCAUUUAUUUCUCGCGAAGACACAUUUAGUUUAGGAGUUUGCAAUGGAUGCCAGUUAAUGUCUUUGCUCGGAUGGAUAGGAAACGAAGCUGAUGAAGUUGAUAAACCGGAUGUUUAUUUGAAUCAUAAUGUAUCAGAAAAAUUCGAGUGUCGAUGGAGUACCGUCAAGAUUAAUAAAUCACCAUCGAUCAUGUUAAAUGGAAUGGAAAAUAGUGUUUUAGGUGUGUGGGCUGUACACGGCGAAGGAAGGUUCACGUUUAAAAAUAAUGAGACAUUAAAGAAAUUGAAAGACAAUCAUUGUGUAGCUAUUAAGUAUACGGAUGAUCAUGGUAAUCCAACUGAACGAUAUCCUCUUAACCCUAAUGGAAGUCCAGAGGGAAUUGCCGGACUUUGUUCGGUGGAUGGUCGCCACUUGGCGAUGAUGCCACAUCCUGAACGAUGCGCGCAAAUGUGGCAGUGGCCUUGGAAACCCGUAGAUUGGAAAUAUAAAACUUCCCCAUGGCAACGUAUUUUUGAUAACGCGUACGCCUGGUGUUUCUCAAAAUGUUAAUUGCGGGUUGUAGGUUACAAAAUUCUUUAUUUUCUAUUCUCUUAACAAAGUAUGGUAACAUCGUUUUGUCAAAUAUUACAAAAAAGGUAAAUUACAAUUAAAAUUCGUUAAUAUUUAA